AUGUGCCUCUCUGGGACUUAUCUGCCGGGUUGGUGGGCACCAGUUGAGGGUGAAGGUCCUACUCGCCCUAGUGAAAGAGAUGAUUUGUCUCAUGUAGCAGCUCCUUUUCUAUUUUUGAGUUUAUCUUUGGUGUUUUAUUUCUCUUUGUUAGUUGAGAGCUUUCACUCUGCCAAUUGCACCAACAUUCAAUAUACACGAUUUGAGAACAAGGGUUGCUCAUGUGGUAAACAUUGCAAGUCGUCAUUCCCGUGCUUUAAAGUUCAUGUGGAGUAUGAAGAUCGUCAGAAUGGUGUAUUUUACACAGGUGCUGUAGCAUAUGAAAAUGAGCAGACACUCAUUCAUCAUUCAGAGGUAGGUAGUUUAUUAUCAGUUAAUACCAUGCAGUUUAUCUGCUGCUUGCCACCCCAGCUAAUGUGACUGCAUGAUCGAGAAUUUUAAAGGAAGUGUUCACAAAUGAUGUAGUCAUAACCCAUAAAUGGA